UCCCGGUGCCGCCUCUGCCGCCGCUGCCGCUCCCCAGCCCCGUCCCGAGCCCCGUCCCGACCCCGCGGCGAUGUCCGAGCGGCAGCGGCCCCGGCGCGGCCCCAGCCGGCACUCGGGGCGCUGCGCCGGGCCCUGAGCGCCCGCGGCCCCGCAGAGCCGCGGCCGGCGAGGCCCGGAGCGCCCGGCCGAGGAUGGGGAUCCUCUUCACCAGGAUAUGGAGGCUCUUCAACCACCAGGAGCACAAGGUGAUCAUUGUGGGCCUGGACAAUGCAGGGAAAACGACCAUUCUGUACCAAUUCUCCAUGAACGAGGUGGUUCACACCUCUCCCACCAUCGGCAGCAACGUGGAGGAGAUCGUGGUGAACAACACGCGCUUCCUGAUGUGGGACAUCGGGGGGCAGGAGUCCCUGCGCUCCUCCUGGAACACCUACUACACCAACACCGAGUUUGUGAUAGUUGUGGUGGACAGCACAGACAGAGAGAGAAUUUCUGUGACUAAAGAAGAGCUGUAUAAAAUGUUAGCCCACGAGGACUUGAAGAAAGCAGGGCUGCUGAUCUUUGCUAACAAGCAGGAUGUGAAGGAGUGCAUGACAGUAGCUGAGAUCUCCCAGUUCCUGAAGCUGACUUCAAUUAAGGAUCACCAGUGGCACAUUCAGGCCUGCUGUGCUCUCACUGGAGAGGGGCUGUGCCAAGGACUGGAGUGGAUGAUGUCCCGGCUGAAGAUCAGAUGAUUUUUAAUGACCUCUUUGCACAGACAUUGCUGCAGCAGAGCUGUUCCAGUGGCAGAUUGGUGGGGUGGAUGUAUUUAUACUGAACUGAUGGCAACUGUAUUUUCUACAUAGCUGCACACACACACACACACACACACACAGACACAGACAGACACACGGACAGGAGCUGGGAGCAGGCACAGGAGCACUCGGGGCUCCAGGUUGGGUCGGGCUCCUCGGAGGACGCGCUCAGAGCUGUGACCAACCUCCUUUCCAAGCUGCCCCUCGGAACAGCCUGGCCUUGGGCCUGGGGAGGAUGGAGACAGGGGAAGGAGCUUUUAAUGCAGAGUUUUCUGAUCCCAUUGCAGCCCUCUCCAGUGGGAGCUGUUGGUUCAUUAUCCCAGGAAAUCACUGGCGUAGGCAUCGACUCUCCAGCGUUUCUGAGGUGGCCCACGUUACAAAGGCAGAACUCUUUCCCUGUAUGUGUACUGUACAUAUUUGUGUAUAUUUAUACCUCAAUCCUAGGUGAAUUGCAAUCUGCUCAGACCAGUGUAAAGCUGAAUCAGUAUGUUGGCAGUAGUGCUAAUCUGUGACACGGCCACGUCCCCGUGUCACCCGUCCCUCCGUGUCCGUACGGCCGUAACGUCAAUCACACCUUGGCUCUGCACAACCUGACCAACAAACUCUCUCUUCAGCCCAUUGCUUGUUUUCCCACAUGAUUCUUGGAUUAGGGAGGAGGCUGGAAUCGAUUGAGGCACAUGGAUUGAGCUUCGAAUUCCAGGGUUGGCAAACAGAACAAAUUUGCCAAAGAAUGGCAGAUGAAAUGGGUUUUCCUCUUUUAUUGUGGUCAUCACUGGAUUGGGUGAUGCUGCAGGUCCUGUCCACUGCUUUCCUUCUCUGCUGUGCUGGUUGAUUCAGGUCUGGCAGAAAUACCUUUGGCUGUCAAAAAGGGAAAAGUAUCUUUUCUUUUUCUUAACCAAAGAAGAGGCACAAAAGUAUGUUUGAAAGUGUCACUGGAAUCGUACAAGUCAGACUCUAGUGAAGCGUUUUUCAGAUGAAAAACUCUCUUUGCUACAUAAAAUGUGCAGAAACUAAAAUGUGCAGAUGCAUCAAUAUGCAGUGGAGGGGACUGGCUGGGGACAAAGCAGAUGACACUACUUGAAAAGCUCCAAGUGACCCACACGAGUUCCAGGGCAGAACCUUUUGAGAGCAGAACCCCCUUGCAUGGUCCCCAGGCAGUGUGGGAACAACAUUAGGAUCACCUUUCCCUGCUGCAGCUCCUGCUGGGAUGGCUGCCCCAGGCACAGGGGGGUCAGAAUUCCCACUUGAGAGGAUCCAGGCAGUGGCAUGGUUGGAAAUGUCAGGCUCUUCUGUGGGAGAUGCAUUGGGAGUUCAGCAAAAUGAAACAAAACUGUGUUUAAAAUGUUCUUCCCUUUCUCAGCCCCAUGCCUGGUAAGGAUGGAAAAGGCAUUUUAAAGCUUAGUUUGAACUUUUUAAGGUGCUUCUCUUUGGUUCUGGGAUAAUCUGGUCAGCUCCUGCCUUCCUUCCCACCUGCAUCCCUGGGAGCAUGGGAAUCCUGGGGAAAGGAGGGGAGGCAAUCUCUAAGUCUGUAUUUAACAAAGGCAGGUAGAGAAUUUAACUUUUUAAUCUAUUUUUGGUAUCUCCAACGCUCCCUGGCUGGGGGAUCUGCUGUCUUUGUUAAACAUUAAGGUGUACAUGCAUAUAUCUCUAGUGCAUGCACAUAGAUCUUGGUAUUUAACUGGUAUAUUGCAAAAUGUAUCAAUGUUUGAAGAAUUAACAAUUUAAUGCAAAGACUCUCUCAGUUUCUCUGACAGUAUCUACAAGCAACGAGCUCUGUGCACACUUGCAUAUGAAAUGGAAUUGUACAUUUUCUAGUCUAAAAAAAAGAAAAAGCAGACUUGCUUCUAAACCCAAGUGUUUGGUUUUUGAGUCUUAUGUCUUCCCUGGGCUGAAUCCACGCAGGCUGGGUGAGCUGGGGGCUGGUUGCUGAGAAAAGGAGCUGCUGCUGUUGGUGCUGGAGCAGUGCUGGGGUUUCUGCUGCUUGCUGGUGCAUUUGCAGGAGCUCUGUCCGAUGAUGCAGGUGUGGCUUGUGUUCCAAGCAGAUACUCUGUGUUUACACAUGGCUUAGGUUGGUUUUACCCUUCCCUCCCCGUGCCACUUCCCUUGCUGUGGCCUCUGAGGUUCACCUUGUCUUGGUUUCCCCAGUGACCACAGCAGGCCUGGGAGUGCCUGCACACCCCAGGACUGGCUGUCAGACAGGGCUCUCUGUGCCCUCGGGGCUUUGGGAUGCCAACAUUCAAUUGUUCUUGGGUGUUGGUCAGUGAACAACCCAGUGUUAACCUGACUGCAAACGUCUCUUGGGUCACCGUCAGCUUUCUGUGUUAUUUUGUGUUCUUCAGGGCAAAUGUAGCCAGAAUUCAGCCGUGGCUGAUGUUUCCUGACACGUUGUGGUGUUGUCCAGGGCUUUUGGGGUUUAAAUGCUGAUUUUCAGUCUGUAGAGAUGGUCAGCAGAGGUGACAAUCCCAGACUCACCUGGAAUGGUUGCUGUGAUCAGUUCCAGACUCUGUGAUCAAUCCCAGACUCACCUGGAGUGGUUGCUGUGAUCAGUCCCAGACUCUGUGAUCAAUCCCAGACUCACCUGGAGUGGUUGCUGUGAUCAAUUCCAGACUCUGUGAUCAAUCCCAGACUCACCUGGAAUGGUUGCUGUGAUCAAUUCCAGACUCUGUGAUCAAUCCCAGACUCACCUGGAGUGGUUGCUGUGAUCAAUCCCAGACUCUGUGGUCAUUUCCAGACUCUCACCUGGAAUAUUUGCUGUGAUCAAUUCCAGACUCUGUGAUCAUUUCCAGACUCUCACCUGGAAUAUUUGCUGUGAUGGUGUUUGAAGUGCACGUGUGUGAACUCAGAAAUGUUCUAAAUUUAGCCACUGAGAGGAGCAGCCAAACUUUUGAUCUCUCAACCCCUUUGUGUUCUGUGUGAGUGCUCCUUGUUGACAGCGUUUUUCUUUUCCCUGCAGGGGAAUUGCCAUUUUUGUCCCAGCUCUGUCCACAGCCAGUGCAGGGAGCUUUGCCUCGGUGCUGCUCCCCCUGGGGAUUGCAGGGCAGGGGUUCCUUGCCCUGGCCCUGACCUUGGUGUGUGAUGCUGCUGUUUCACCCUCGGGGUUCUGCUGCCUUGGCUUCCAGCUCAAGCUUUGCCUUUGUUCUCCAUGAAAUUCAUUCUUAGCAAAAGGGAGGGGCCUUAAAAAUGGUUUUUGAAGUAAUGCUGAAAAAUGACAUUUUAGUAGCAGAGAAAAAGGUCAUAUUUCAAUAAUCUGAUAUUUCAACUGUUUCUUUUGGUUCAGAAGAUCAUCAGUUUGGUAAAUCAUCUCUGGAAUAUGCUGCUUCUGGCAUCUGGGAAUUAUACAGGUCUUUAAUUGUGAGGAGAGGUGGAAAAUAAACCUGGGGAAUGUGAACAGCUUCAUUUUUUAAUAUCUUUUCUUUUUGGGAGGCUGAGCAGCUGCUCUGCUGAGCACUGUGUAGGUGUGUGAAUGCUAAAUGCACCUGACCAGCACCUUCCACAUCUCUGCAGCUCAAGUGCCUAAAUCUAAUUCCAUAAUCAGCUUUAUUUCCCAUUCCCUUAGAAUAGAGAUAUGUAUCUAUAAAAGCCUCCCAGUGUGUGGAAGUGAGUGGGUUUUCCCCUCCCCACACCCAAGUUUUAACAGGAUUUAUGAUAAAUUGGUUACAGUUCUCCUAUCCCUGCCAUUCCAAGCACUUUUCCAUUUAUCAGGCAUCACUGAGUUUGGGACAGGAAAUACUGAAUUUGUCCUUGUUGAUUGGCUGGAAUUCCUGUCAAGGGACUUUAAAUAACUCAUUCCAGGAAUCCUUGGCCUUGGGAAGCUGCUGGUGGCAGUGCUUCCGUCCACGCUGGCUGGUGGAACACUGAAGGCUGUCACUGUCAGAUUAAUUAGGUAUGAAAAGUACCUUUCAGCUAAUUGAGCUGAAUGUGCUGAGCAGCCCUGGGCAGGGCAGGGCUGAUCCCGUGGCAUUGAGGAAGGAAAAUGUCUUUGCACUCAUGUGAUAAUCCAGAUGUGGCCUGGGUAUAAAUCCAGAUGUGACUUGAAUAUAUUGUAGUGGUGAAUGCAUUAAAUGGCCAAAAAUGAUGAAUUAUAAGGGGCUGCCUCUGCAGCUUUUUAUUUCAUGUGUGAGAAUCAUGAGCAGGAAUUCUCUCCUUGCCUUAAGAGGGCCUUACCAGUGAAUUUUUCUGUUGUAGCUUUAUCCACAGUGGAGUCACUUUACCACCCCGAGCCUUUUAAGCCAGACUUUGGGUAAGGACAGAGCUGGGCGGGGUUUUUAAGCUUUUCCUGUUUGUAAGUGUACAAAACUCGGCUGAGAGUGGAGGAAGCCAGAAAAUGCUGCUUUACCUGGGAGGCUGGGAAUCCUUCCUUGGCCAUCCUCAGCUCAGUGCUCUCCUUGUCUGACUGAGCAGGGGGCCAAGAGAAGCUGGAUUCUGUGGAGAGGCUAAAACCCAAAACCAGCUCAGGCUGGGGGCCCGUAGCUGUGGGAUGGGGCUGUGUGAGCCAGGCAUGGGGACAGCCCCGGUGUCACUGUGCCCGUGCCGAGCGUCCCUGCAUGUUCCGGCAGCCUCGGAGCUCUCUCAGGGUGCAGGGCUGGGCUGGGAGCAGGUUUGUACCCCGCGAUGCUCGGGUAGAAGCGGCUCCAGGCAGGGGCUGCUGUGUCCAGAGGGGAGGAGCAGCCCCGUGUGCCCGCAGCAAUGCCCACAGCGCGCUCGGCUUCCCUCGGGUCUCCUCUGGACUUUGUGCUUCUCUCCCUCCAGACUUUGUCACCUUCCCCAGGACGUGGCUAACGCUGAGACUGCAGGAAAAUGCCAGUUCCGAAUGUUUAAAAUGAUGGCUUCACGUUAAUCCCAAGCCUCGGGAGGGCUGGCAGCUCCCAGCUGGAGCAGCCCUGGGGCUGCACUCACGCAUGGGUAUUAAAGUGAUUUAGCCCAAACAUUUUAUAGAGCUAUUUAUUAUAGUAAAGGAAAACCAGGAUUCUAUUCAGCAACUUUUUUUUCCCCCCUGAAAUGUGAUCAGAGCAUUCCUUGAAUUGUUUCCCCUUUGCCACUUUCAGACUGUUUUUCAUGCGGCUGAAGGGAACUCGUUCUGUUUUCUUAAUUCUUGUUGAAGUGCAGCAAAUACAGAUUUGGGCUGGGGAGCUCUGUACCAUCAUAUUUAUGCAUUUCUGGAUAAUGUCGAUUGCUAAUUCUUUAAAACCUACCAGUAUUUAUGAUUUUAAGUUGAAAGCACUUGUUAAAACGUGCCUGUUUGCAUUAAACUUUGUGUGUGGGAGUUGCA